GGAUUAGACUGAUCCUUCAGGCUUUGUUGAGGCGAAGAAGCCAUUUUGGGAUCUUGCAGCAGUGUGGAAUAGAUAACACUGCCCACUUCCAAACUUCUCCAUUGGAAACCGCUCCGGCGCCUCAUGAACGCACCUGGGAUAUAGCAGAUACUGCUCCUCUGUGGGAACAUGACCAGCAGCGGGAUGUUAGAGACAUAGGUUUGAUUGCUUGUUGGCCCUUCCAUUCAGAGCGACGUGACGAGCUGUUUGUCCAGAUUGAUCUAAUAUGAUCUAGAACGGUGAGAAUGGAUUAUUCCCAUCUUCAUACCUAUGCUCCCCCUCAGUGUCUGCCAGAUAACACUGGGUAUACCUAUGCUCUCAGCUCAAGCUAUUCAUCAGAAGCCCUCGAUUUUGAGACUAUUCAUAAAUUGGCUCCGGUCUUUGAUUCUCCAAGAAUGUCACGGCGCAGUCUUCGUUUAAAGACCAGCAUGGGAAACUAUGCUGAUGAGAGUCUUAAUGACAGCACGCUCUCUCACAGAUCUGUAAGGCAGCAGCAUAACAGCAGCAGGCAGUCAUCAUCCAGCCAUCAGUCUGCAUCAAGGAAAUCAGUGACAAAUACCUCCUUCCAGAGCCAAAGCAGCUUUAACUCGCAGAUCGCUGACACCUCGGUGCUGUCCAGUGUUUUAGAUGCAUCUGUAAUUCGGGAACAGACUGAAGUGAGUUCCAUAUGGGGUCUUGAUGACGAAGAAUUGAUAAAGGAUGGCAACACUACAGUGAUUCAGUCCAAUGGAGACUUUAAUUCAGCUGAAACACAGACAACAAUGGUUAAUGGUUAUACAUGCAGUGACUGCAGCAUUGUCUCUCAGAGAAAUGAUGCCUUGACGGCCCUAUCUGCAUCUUAUUCCUCAUCUGGAAAGGUUCAUGCAACUUCUGGAACACACACAGCCUGUGGAAUGUUACACACAGGCUCUACAAUCACAAAUGCAGCUUCUGGAAAUGUGCAUGCAGGCUCUGCAAAUGCGCACACUCCAUCAUCAAGCAUGCACACAUCAUCCACACGAGUGUACUCCAGAGAUCGGAGCCAGAAAAAUAAAUCGAGAGAAAUUCCUUUUUACAUGCAUAAGGCCAUGCUGCUGUUUAAAAAUACCGCAUCAUCUCUAGCAACUGUGGUUGUGCGCCUGUUACAUAUGGUUAUGCUGAAGCUUGGUUGUGACCUCAAAGCUCAUUUGAAUUACUGUGGAAGUGUGAAUGUAAGAGACUUUCUAAAAGAGGACGGACUUCUCCGUAUAAAUGGAAAAUCCCUGUGUGAUGACUAUAACGGGACGAAACACCAUGAAAUGCGCACCACUAUCCACACGCAAUCUUCAUGGGCUAGAGGGGUGACAGGCACCCUAUGGCACACCCUUUAUUACACAGGCUAUUUAUUACUACAAGCAGUGCGCAGUGUUGGAGCUGCAGGAUGGUUUGUAUCCCGGAAGAUGUUGUCGUUUCUUUGGUUGGCCAUUGUAUCACCAGGUAGAGCAGCCUCCAGCUUACUUUGGUGGCUGGGAACUGGAUGGUAUCAACUUGCCACUUUGGUCUCUUUGUUAAAUGUUUUUAUCCUUACCAGAUGCCUUUCAAAACUGUCUAAAUUGUUACUUCUGCUUUUGCCCUUGCUCAUUUUGCUUGGUCUUUACUUAUGGGGUUCAGAUUACAUUCUGCUUCCUGCAUUCGGCGGUUUAAGAAUAUUUUCAUCCGAUGUGCUUGAAGAAACCGCUCACAGCCUCGAGCCUUCUCCAGAAAGCACUACUAUAUCUAGCCCAGGCACCAAGGAGGAGGGCUUGCCGUAUGAUACUGACCGAAUAAGAGAGCUGGAAAAGCAGUUUGGAUUAAUGGGUCGUAAGCACAAUGGUCACAUGGAAGACUACAAAAAAUUAAAUGUUUUGGUCCUGAAAAUUCAAGAGCAGGUCCAACAGAUGAACGAUGAAAGCCAUUUGUCAUCGAUUAUUACAAACAUGUUUGAGCAGCAUUUUGCUAAACACACGGUUGAAAAGAAGGAACCCUCAGUGGAUGCGUCCUCUAGCACCGCCAGCAACCAUGAAGCCCGUAUUGUUCAUUUGGAGGCACUCUUUGCAAAGCUAUCACAGGCGAUUGAGGAAGAUAGAAAAUUAGCAGAGUCAAGAACCAGCCGUGGCGAAAUUCAUGAUGAAAGUCUCCUCCGAAGACGUAUUGAGAGUCUAGAAGAAGAGUUUGAAACCUACAAAGCUGCUUUUACAAACCGACAGACGGCGCAGACAAGCUGCGACCUACCAGACUGCCUUCUGCAAAAGGUGGAUGCAAGAGUUAAAGAGUCCAUCCAUAUGAUGUUUGCCAGCCAGGAAAAUAUUCCAGAAUCCUUACUGCAAUGGCUAUCUGCAAAUUAUGUGAAUAAAGGAGAUUUCAAUAGCAGGCUGCAGGAAUUAGAGCUGAAAAUUCUCCAAAACAUUACACACCAUGUCAUCCUAACAAAGCAGGUCCCUUCUGCAAAAGUGGUGGAAACUGCCAUCACUGGGGCAAUAGAUGGCAUUUCUAAACAGGAAACUCAGGCAAUGAUAAAUAAUGCUCUGAGACUCUACUCCCAAGAUCGCACUGGCAUGGCCGAUUUUGCUUUGGAAUCUGGAGGUGGCAGUAUCCUUGGUACACGUUGUUCUGAGACCUAUGGGACAAAAACAGCUUUAAUGAGCUUGUUUGGAAUUCCUUUGUGGUAUUUUUCACAGUCCCCUAGAGUGGUUAUACAGCCGGAUAUGUACCCAGGAAACUGUUGGGCUUUUAAGGGAACCCAAGGAUACCUUGUUGUUCGCCUAUCAAGGAUGAUUUACCCAACUGCCUUUUCUAUUGAGCACAUACCAAAGUCCCUCUCACCAUUAGGAAACAUAACAAGCGCACCUAAAGACUUUGCAGUUUAUGGCCUAGAUGAUGAGUACCAGGAAGAUGGGCAAGUUUUAAUUCGUGCUGUGUAUGAUCAAGAAGGGGAACCCCUGCAAAUAUUCCACAUAAUGGAAGAAUAUAAAAAACCUUUCCAGAUUGUGGAGCUGCGAAUCUUCUCUAAUUGGGGCCACCAAGACUUUACCUGUCUGUAUCGCUUUAGGGCACAUGGAACACCUGUACAAUAACCCCUAAUGUUUAUCUGAAAUGUAAAUUUGUAUUGUAAAUAUUACAAUCCUGGAACACUGGAAAAUAUAUAUAUAUAUAUAUAUAAAUAAUAUUUAAAAUAUGGGCAGCAGCAUUAUAUGCUGCACGGUCAGUCUUCAUUUAGCCACUACCAGGAAAACCUGCCAACGAGAGAUUCGACCAAACCAGUUUGAUAUGCACUUAGCUGUUAUCAGUAUGCUUUACAGCUUGGCUCCUAUCUCCAUAAAAUGCUGCAUGUGAAUUACUCAGGAUUGAAAGGCCAGUUAGUGGAAGACGGCUACAAAAAUAUGGUUUUAAAAAGGCACUUAAUGCAAACGGUUUUUUUUCUUCUAUUUGCAGAUAUAAAACGGUUUUACAGUCCGGUUUAGGACACGUUUUUUUUUUCUUUUGGUUCUUAAUAUCAUCCCUCAGCCAGUCACUAAUAAAGGCAGCUGGCCUCAGGUAGUGAUUUACCCAUCUGUCAUUGAUUGGUGGUGGUGUAAACCAGUGGCCUAGGCAUUUACAUUUCAGCUGUCCCAGUCAUUGUCAGGUCCUGUUAUGGCUGUUUAAUGACUGAAACUGCAAAUUAAAGAACAGCUACAGAUUGUAGGAUAUCUUUCUUUGUUCAUGUUCCCGUUUAAUAUAAGAAUAUUUUGAUACUGUUUCUACAGAAUGGGAGAAAAGGCAUUUCUUUUCAGAAUACAAAUUUGGUUGCUCUCAAAGUUUAAAAAAAAAAAAAAAAAAAAAAUGCCACAGUAAGCAACAGGUAUGAAAAAAAUUCCCAGGCUACUCUGGGGACCUGUGCUGAAAUACCAACUGUGCUUUAUGGUACUUUACAAGUGUACGCUGGAUACUUAUAGUGCAACUUUUAAGGGAACAUAUACCCUAAGUAUAACAAUGCAAUCCUAUUUCUUAUUUAGUUUUCAUGGUAUUAGGAGUUUUUCUGCUACUUAUAUCAAGAGUGCUUAACUAGAGCGCCCCUUGCUAUCCUGCCUAGUUAUGGGACGGACAAGGAGGAAGUGUCUCCUGAUGUUUAAAUGCUGCAUUCUGUUGCUAAAUGUGACAGCCACAACAGAAAUGAGACGGGCAACAUCAGGAGACGAUUCCUGCAAUGUUAAAUCAAGCUUUUGCUAUUUUGUCCUGACUGGUUUCUCUGCAAAAAGUGUUUAGAAGAGCACCCUGCUCAUGGUUACAUUGUUAUAUGGGGCGGUAUAUGUCCUCUUAAUACCCAGAAAGUGUACCUUACCAACUGUUCUACUACAUCUACUGUCUUAUUUAUCCAUGUAAACGUAUAUAUUAAAUUAUUUGAGGGCCCACCUUAUGUCUAGUGUCAUAUUUAUAUGUGUAUUUAUAGACUUCUUUCAUAAUAUCAGCACCCUUAAGCAUGAUCCCAGAUGUUAACCACCUUUGCAAACGGGUUAAAGAGUUAAAGCCUUGCACCAGAGAGCCAAUUCCGCUGACUGGCUUUUUGAAUAGAGUCUGUGUAUAUUGCACAAGAGUCCACUUAUAAGAAAACAGUCAUGGCGCCCCAUGAGAUGUAUAGAAUUAAAUAUUAUAAGUCAGAUACUCUAUGUAAAUCAAAUUUUGGGAGGUGGUAUAAAGGGGAGGGGGGAGCUUUUUUUUCCCAAGAGCACUAAUUUAUUUUUAAAGAUGAAAAAUAGGACUUUGUGCAAUGUAUUUUUGUAAAGGCUUUUCCAGCUAUUUGUUUUUCAGUGACUUUUCUUUGCUUGCUCCAUACUGGAAAGAAAUUGAAAUGUUUUAAAUAAAGAGUUUAAUUUUUGAGUGCAUGUAAUAUUUGAAAAAGUAAUAAACAAUAUCCUUUUCUGUUAA